AUGUCUCGAGUCCUACCACGGACCGUUCUACGGUCUUACGGCACCGUCCAAGGUUCUCCUAGCGCUACCUCGCUCGCCAGCCGCAUCCCCAAUGUGCUCAUCGAGGCAACUGCUGCUACAGCCCCCCGCACCAACUGGACCCGAGAAGAAAUCAACCAGAUCUAUAACACACCCUUGAACCAACUCACAUAUGCAUCGCAAGCGCUUCACCGCAAAUUCCAUGACCCAUCGGCCAUUCAGAUGUGCACAUUGAUGAACAUUAAGACCGGUGGGUGCAGCGAGGAUUGCUCAUACUGCGCCCAGUCCUCUCGACACAACACUGGCCUGAAGGCAACCAAGAUGAGCCCCGUCGACGAAGUUCUCGAGAAGGCACGCAUCGCCAAGGCCAAUGGCAGCACCCGAUUCUGUAUGGGUGCCGCCUGGCGUGACAUGCGCGGUCGCAAAACCAGCCUCAAGAACGUCAAGCAGAUGGUCUCGGGUAUCCGCGACAUGAACAUGGAAGUCUGCGUCACACUGGGCAUGAUUGACCAGGACCAGGCUAAGGAGCUAAAGGAGGCGGGUCUGACUGCAUACAACCACAACCUCGACACCUCGCGCGAGUUCUACCCCACGAUUAUCACGACCCGCUCCUACGACGAGCGCCUGCGUACUCUGGAUCAUGUUCGCGAUGCCGGUAUCAAUGUUUGCUCAGGUGGUAUCCUUGGUCUGGGCGAGACGGAUGCGGACCGUGUUGGCCUCCUGCACACCGUUUCCAGCUUGCCUUCUCACCCUGAGUCUUUCCCUGUCAAUGCUCUUGUCCCUAUUAAGGGAACCCCGCUCGGAGACCGGAAAAUGAUUCCAUUUGAUCGUUUGCUCCGGACUAUCGCUACCGCUCGUAUCGUUAUGCCUGCCACUAUUGUUCGUCUCGCUGCCGGUCGCAUUGCUCUGUCGGAGGAACAGCAGGUUGCUUGCUUCCAGGCUGGUGCCAAUGCUGUGUUCACUGGUGAGAAGAUGCUGACUACCGACUGCAAUGGAUGGGAUGAGGACCGUGAGAUGUUCGACCGCUGGGGUUACUACCCCAUGAAGAGCUUCGAGAAGCCGCAGGUCCCCGGUGCCGAGAAGACCACCGUGACCCCACCCCCUGCCUCGGAGACGGCUGCGCCGGUCGCAGCUAGCGCUUAG